GCUCGGCAAACCGACAAAUAAUUGGAGCAGAUAUUGAUCUCCGGGGUGAAAUUGGGACAUAUCUGGGGGCCCGCGUUCUCCACACCGAUGAUACUACGCGAUUCAGAUGGAGCAGGUGUAUCAUGUGAAAAACAGUACUUGCAUCGCCAGGUGGUAUUGUGUGAGGGGUACAUAAACGAUGACGACGAUGCCAUUUUUUGGCACUCAUCCGUCUCGUCAAUUCGCGUUGUAGUCGCUGUCUUGUGACUUCCAACAUCAUGGACGCCAUCCGUAAUGCUUCGGUCACGUCUGCACGGGUUCGCACCGAUGCAGCUUUCAAGAAUCGCUGGCAGACUCUGUCUAACAACCCCAAGAUCUUGAUCAUUGCCUUCUUUGCCUCCUUUGGUGGUUUCGAGUAUGGCUACCAGCAAGGUGUCCUCGGUCAGUCUCUGGUCAUGACCCGCUUCAAGGACAACUUCCCUUCCGUCGUCGAAUCAGCCUCUGCCACAGGCUGGCUCACAUCGAUCCUGCAACUUGGAGGUAUUCUCGGCUCUCUCUCAUCUGGUGUCUUCGGCGAGGUUUUCUCCCGCAAGUAUACUAUGUUCAGCGCUUGCUGCUGGGUCGUGCUUGGAUCUUACCUCUACGUCGGAGCGUCACACCACAACCCAGCCAUGCUUUACGCCGGCCGCUUCUUCACUGGUAUCGGUGUCGGUACUUUCUCCGGUGUCGGUCCUCUUUACAAUGCUGAAAUCGCUCCUCCUGAGCUUCGCGGUAUGAUCGUUUCAUUCUAUCAGUUCGCUACUAUUCUCGGUAUCAUGCUCUCUUUCUGGAUCGGCUAUGGCUCCAACUACAUUGGUGGCAUCGGCGAAGGCCAGAGUAACAUGGCAUGGAUGCUGCCGUCGAUUGUUCAGGGUAUUCCCGCUGCUCUUUUGGCCAUCGGUAUUUGGUGGUUGCCGUUCUCGCCGCGCUGGCUCAUCAAGAAGGGUCGUGACGAGGAAGGCCUCAAGACACUUUCCUACCUGCGCAAGCUGCCCCAAGACCACGAACUCAUUCAAGUCGAGUUUCUCGAGAUCAAGGCCGAAACUCUCUUUGAGCGUCGCGCUUUCCAGAAGAAUUUCCCCAACCUGGCUGCCAAGGAGCAGGGUAGUGUCUGGGUUCGCGAGUUCGCGCAGUACUACCAGAUCUUCCGUACCUGGGAUAACUUCAAGCGUGUUUCCACCGCCUGGCUAACGAUGUUCUGGCAACAGUGGAGCGGUAUUGAUGCGAUCAUUUACUACGCUUCAAACGUCUUUGAAUCUGUUGGUCUCACUGGUGGUACCCAGGCGCUUCUCGCCACCGGGGUCACCGGGGUCGUUUUCUUCGUCAGCACAUUACCCGCCAUGGCCAUUAUCGACAAGGUCGGCCGCAAGCCUAUGUUGCAAGUCGGCUCUGCUGUCAUGUUGGUAUCGAUGGUCUUGGCUGGUAUCCUAGUCGCCAAAUUUCAGCACGACUGGGUCACUCAUAGUGGCGUCGGCUGGACCGUUGUCGCAUUCAUCUGGGUGUACAUCGCUGCGUUCGGAGCUACCUGGGGACCUGUCUCGUGGACUAUCAUUUCCGAAAUUUUCCCGCUUUCCAUCCGAUCUAAGGGUGCUUCGAUCGGUGCAUCGAGUAACUGGCUCAACAACUUCGCCGUUGCGUUCUUCGUCCCCCCGAUGCUCAAGGCAUGGACUUGGGGAACAUACAUCUUCUUCGCCGUAUUCCUCGCCGCUGGUAUGGUCUGGGUGCACUUCUGUCUGCCCGAGACCAAGGGAGCGACACUUGAGGACAUGGAUAAGGUCUUUGGUAGCCGCACGGGCGAGGAGGAUGCUGUUAUGCUGGCAGAGGCCAGGAGGGAGAUCGGGCUGAGCAUGAACCUCGAGACUGAGGCGAUUAAGGCCGCGAUGCAUGGCGAUACCAGCCACAACGAGAAGGGCGCUACUCGUGUUGAGGAGGUUUGAAGGAAGACCCGUGGGUAUGAGACAACAGACAGUUAUUGUCAAUGAGCCCUCCGCGAUAUAUGUAUAACUCUACUUUCAGCUUGCACAAACCUUAAAAGCUAAACAAAAGAGAGGUGACACAUCUUACCGGAUCCUACAAAGAUUGAAUAGAGCCCGACGGCUUUAAGUGCUCUUAUACCGGCUUGCGAGAUCAC